AUGAAAUCGAUUUCUGGUAGCGUAGUAGGCGGUACAAAAGAGACGCAAGAAAUGCUAGACUUCUGUGCUGCUCACAAAAUAUAUCCCAACAUUGAAAUAAUACCAAUUCAGUAUGUGAAUGAAGCAAUUGAGAGGCUUAUAAAGAAGGAUGUGAAAUACCGGUUUGUGGUAUACAUUGAAAACUCCCUCAAAUGA